AUGGGGAAAUUGAAGAAGAACGAGGAGGCUGUCUUUCUGAGGAAGAAGAUCACCCUCUUGAGAGCUUUCUCGCUCCUCAUAGGGAGCAUGGUAGGCAGCGGAAUAUUCAUCUCUCCCCAAGGGGUGCUGAAGAACUCCGGCAAUGUGGGCCUCUCCUUAGUCGUCUGGUUUGCCUGUGGGAUCCUCUCUAUGUUUGGUGCGUGGUGAGUUUCUUUCCUCUCCUUUCUCAGCUCUCGGAGGAUGAGAAACCCUAUUGAGACUGUGUUUCACCCCAUCACUUAACAAAUUGGUAGCUGCAGUAAUGAAAUCUGUAUUGGCCCAGGAUCCAGAACUGAGACAGCAUUCUGACUCAAUGUUGUCUUUUUUAAUAUACAGUGGUACCUCGGGUUACAGAAGCUUCAGGUUACAGAUGCUUCAGGUUACAGACUCCACUAACCCAGAAAUAGUACCUCAGGUUAAGAACUUUACCUCAGGAUGUGAACAGAAAUUGUGCAGCAGCAGCGGGAGGCCCCAUUAGCUAAAGUGGUACCUCAGGUUAAGAACAGUUUCAGGUUAAGAACAGACCUCCAGAACGAAUUAAGUUCUUAACCCAAGGUACUGUAUAUAUAGAAAAGAAUUUCCGUUAUAGAAAAUAAAGGAGCAAAAGAAAAAGAGAGAGAAAGUGCAAAAAUAUAAUAAAAAGAUAUAGUAUAGUAUGUGAUAUAUAUUCAGUAACAUUUCCAUACAUUAUUAUACAGUGGAACCUUGGUUCCUGAACUUAAUCCGUUCCGGGAGUCUGUUCGAUUCCCGAAACAGUUCGGGAACCAAGGCACUGCUUGUGAUUGGCUGCAGCAACUUCCUGCAGCCAAUCAGAAUCCACGAGGGGUGUUCAGUUUCCAAAGAAUGUUCGAAAACUGGAACAAUUACUUCUGGUUUUCAUUCGUUCGGGAGCCAUAACGUUCUGCUCCCAAGGCGUUUGGAAGCCGAGGUUCCACUGUAUAUGUAAUAUAAAUAAUAAUAUUGUCAUAAUACGUAUAUGGUUAUCAGUAAAAUACUAUAUGCAGUAUAAGCUCGUUCCAAAUGUCGAUAUUGUUUGUCCAAACAAGGUCUGCAUCCAUAAGCAAUUUGUUCAUAUGUUGCGAGUGUUGUCUUGUCGUCAGCCCAUUGAUUAAAGGGGACCAUAUCUUUAUUCUUCCAGUUCAGUGUUUUCCAAACUGGGGUCUCCAGCUGUUUUUGAACUACAACUCCCAUCAUCCCUAGCUAGCAAGAACAGUGGUCAGGGAUGAUGGGAGCUGUAGUCCAAAAACAGUCCAGACACCCAAGUUUGGGAAGCUCUGUUCCAGUUCAUCAGUACCAGUCUCUUGCCCAAAGAAUCCACUUUUGUUGCCCAAUUGCAUCCUGACUCGUGGUUAAAGGAGGAGAGACAAUAACAUAAGAAGCUGCCUCAUACUGAGUGAGACCACUAGUUCAUCCAGUUCAGUAUUGUCCACACUGACUGGCAGCAGCUCUCCCGGAAUUCAGGCAGGGGUCUCUCCCAGGGCUGCCUGGGACUGAACCUGGGACCUUCUGUUGGCAAGGCAAUUGCUCUGCCCCUGAGCUGUGCCCUUUUCUGUACACACUCCAAUCCUGCCCUAUCUGUUUUCUGAGAUGUACUUGGGCACCUGAUGUAACUGAGCAGCCCCUGGUCCCGUGACACCUCCAUUGCACCUGCGAUGCUGCGAGCCUUUGUUUCUGCCUUGAACUUGGAGCAGGCGCUCCCAAAGCCACAUGGAGUUAAUGUGUAACUAAUCCGAAUUAGAAUCUUAUCAGAAGAACCCUGUGAAAGAGGCACCCUACCCCCAUUGCAUGAUGAAACUGGGAAGGCCAUUUCAAAGCCCUUGACCCAUAGGAUUCCCAAACAGCAGCCUUCCUAACAGGCUCUUGUAUCUCAGGCUCCUACAUCCUGGAUAGCUCAGUCGGUAGAGCAUGAGGCUCUUCGUCUCAGGGUUGUGGGUUUGAGCCCCAUGUUGGGCAAAAGACUCCUGCAUUGCAGGAGGUUGGACUAGAUGAGCCUUGUGGUCCCUUCCAACUCUACAGUUCUAUGAAUCUUAUGUAUUUCAGCGUAACUCUCCCACCUGGGAAGUCUAAGAGGGGCAUGUACCCUCUCCACCUGCAAGUCCCACAACCCAUGUGAUACUUACACAGCAAGGGGGAGGAAACUGAUUCUCCAGCUAUUGCCCAACAACAACUCCCAUCAGCUCUGGACCUUUGGCCAUGCUGGCUGGGCUGAGAGGAGUUUUAGUCCCACAACAACUGGAGGACCACGGGUCCCCCAUUCCUGCUACAGAGCAAUGUCGUUUCUGUGGGGUCUUUUAAUUACAUAACCACACCAGUCAGCUCAAAUGUCCCUAGUAUCUGCCACCUUAACUGAAGAUGCCAAGGACUGAACAUAGGACCUCUGUCUUCAGAAUGUGUGCCUGUGUACAUACCAUACGUUUAAAACGUAUUUAAAUUACAUGGCUUCCCCCCUCCCCCAAAUCAUGGGAACUUUUGCACUGUGAGGGGAUAAACAACAGUUCCAAGGAUUUCUGUGGGGGGAGGGGAUUGAUGUGCUUUAAAUACAGUGGUACCUCAGGUUAAGUACUUAAUUCGUUCCGGAGGUCCGUACUUAACCUGAAACUGUUCUUAACCUGAAGCACCACUUUAGCUAAUGGGGCCUCCUGCUGCUGCUGCUGCUGCUGCGCUGCCACUGCACGAUUUCUGUUCCCAUCCUGAAGCAAAGUUCUUAACCUGAGGUACUAUUUCUGGGUUAGCAGAGUAUGUAACCUGAAGCAUAUGUAACCUGAAGCAUAUGUAACCCAAGGUACCACUGUAUAUGAUUUGUACACAGCCGUGGCCCCUCUCAUAGCUGUCAACCUUUCCCCUUUCUUGCGAGGAAUCCUAUUCAGAAUAAGGGAAUUUCCCUUUCAAAAAGGGAAACGUUGACAGCUAUGGCCCUCUUCUGCAAAAGGGAAUAUAAAUGGCCUUAUACCUGAAGGAGCAUCUCCACCCCCAUCAUCCAGCCCGAACACUGAGGUCCAGCGCCGAGGGCCUUCUGGCAGUUCCCUUGCUGUGAGAAGUGAAGUUACAGGGAACCAGGCAGAGGGCCUUCUUAGUAGUGGCGCCUGCCCUGUGGAAUGCACUCCCAUCAGAUGGCAAGAAAAUAAACAACUAUUUUACUUUUAAAAGACAACUGAAGGCAGCCCUGUUUAGGGAAAUUUUUAAUGUCUGAUGCUGUAUUGUUUUUAAUAUUCAGUUGGAAGCCGCCCAGAGUGACUGGGGAAACCCAGCCAGAUGGGCGGGGUAUAAAUAAUAAAUUAUCAUUAUAAAUUAUUAUUAUAACAUAUUUAUUUUACAUUUUCAUCUGACCCUUCCCAAAUAACAUAUGCAUAUGGUUCUUAUCCUGCCCAUUUGAUCCUCACAACAAUUCUGCGAGGUAGUUUAACCUGAGACAGAGAGUGAUUGGACCAAGUCACCCAGCAAACUUCCGGUAAAGCCAGUUCUAGUCCAACACACUAACCACGGCAUCACACACAACCUGUGUGGACAAUUGCCCACACAAAAAAAGAGUAGAUAGAUUGCUAGUUAUGCUGGUGUUUUGCAAAAACAAACAAACAAACAAAAACACCCUACCCAGUGGUUUUUUAACAGCACUUUUUCAUCAAAGAGAACUGAGAGUAAACCAUGAGAGCCAAAAUGGAGCCCUCCUCCCAUCUGCCCCACAAGAAAUUGGAAGCGAAGGCUACAAUCAUAUACUUAAUUUCCAGGGUCUCAAUGGGGCUUACUUUUCAAUAGACAUGUAUAGAAUUACCCUGUAAAACCCCCAAAAAACAAUCAACUUUCAAUGGAAGUGUUCUCCAAUGAUAAAUACAGGGGGUUGUGAUUCUAUCUGAAUGGCCUCAAAACAUGAAAGUUUGCCAGCUGAAGUUUAGGAUAAAAAUAACCCAGGCUAAAAUCUAAGAAAGCUGUUUUUUGACCAUAUGGCUCCAUUGUGGGUGCACAUAUGGAGUCGUCAUGGAUUUUUCACAGCCUCCAGGUUCAAGUUCAGGUUGUCAAUAUGGAUCAUUCCUAAUGUCAUAAUUUCCAUGGGUGGGUGAAAUGGUUGCACAAACACUUCAUGCAGAUAUGGGUCAUUCCGGUUUCCCUAGUUUCAGUAGCUCUCUGACACUCUGAAGGCUUCAAUCCUUAGCCAAUGUACUAGGGAGCAAAAAUGCCAAAGAGUCUUGUGGCACCUUGAAGACGAACGGGUUUUUAUGAUUGCCUUUGCCAAAUAAUAAUAAUAAUAAUAAUAAUAAUAAUAAUAAUUUUAUUAUUACGGUCAAAGACCAGUUCAAAAAGCACACCUGAGACUACUUUCACAAAAGUGAAAUAGACAUUUAAAAUAGUAUAAAAUAACAGCUUAUAGAUUAAAAUUGAAAUAGUCGCAUGUACACGAAAAGACCUAAUAUUAGACUAACACGCAGAUUGACCCUGGGACACCCAGGAGGCCGGAUAUGGCAGUUCUCCGGGUGGUAUUCUGCGCCGACAAAUCUGUGUGCAAAAUCUCGCGACCAUCCAGGUCGUCUUGUGGUUUUUGCCUAAGAGGAGAAAAUUGAAUUUUGGCUUGUCUGGAAGGUCAACAAGUCUCACCAGAUGGGGUCAAUGGUAUCUUUAUGUGCCUCAUCGUAAAAAGGACAUCUAAAAAAUAAGUGUUCAGGGCUUCCUAUUUCCCCUAAUGGGCAGGCGCAAAGUCUCUGGGCGUACGGGACUUUUCCAAAAGAUCCUUCCAGAACUGGUGAGAGCAGAGCCAAACAUGGAUCAUCAUCAUCAUCAUCAUUAUUUUCUAAUUUCUAUACAGUCAUACCUCAGGUUAUAGACACUUUGGGUUGCACAAUUUCGGGUUGCGCACUGCACUGAACCUGGAAGUACCGGAACGGGUUACUUCUGGGUUUCGGCGCUUGCGCAUGCACAGAAGUGCCAAAUCGUGCAUGUGCAGAUGCGCCGCUGCGGGUUGUGAACGCUGUGGGUUGCGAAUGUGCUUCCCACACGGAUCACGUUUGCUACCCGAGUGGCCACUGUAGUGCCCUAUACCUGCAGGCCUCAGAGCAGUUCACAAUAUAAUAUCACAAUAUAAAAACACAAAAUACAUAAUCAAAAUAAAAACAAAAGCAACCCAAUAACACCCUCAACACAUUUUAAAAGACUAGACUAGAGCCUGCUUCAUCAGAUGCAUGAAGUGUGAUCCCCAAUAGUCAAAUAUAUGCAUGUGCAGGAGUGACAACAAGGGCAGGGGAAUGGAAAGGUUGGUGUUAGAUGGCAAUGGAAGACCCCCCCCCCCAAAAAAAACCCCAGUCUGUGGCCAUUCUGCAAAUGUAUGAGAAAUGACUCUUCACCACUGCAGUAAUUAGGGAUGACUAGGGAGCAAGGUCCUUUGAACUCAACAGAACUUACAUCUUAAUAAAAAGGGUUCAGGGGCACUUGAAGUGAAACCUCAGAAUGACAGCUCUCUCUGUGCAUCUUCUACUGAUACACAGAAAUAGUGGUGGGAACAUAGGAAGCGGUCUUAAACUGUGUCAGACCAUUGGCCCAUCUCAGGGCUGGAUUAAGCAUUAAGCAAAAUAAGUCUGUGCUUAGGGCAUCAAGGGAAGGGGGCACCACAGAAAUCUUCCAUUUGCAGGAUUUUUAACAUUAAUGGUCACAAAUGAAGCAGGGACUUGACCCCCUGUUUAAAGUCUAGUGCCUUAUCCACUACAGAAGACUUUGCAAUCUGGGUGACUUUUAAGUGAGGAUUUUCACGAGGGCCCUAUUUUUCUCUGUCAUGGGCACAACAUCACAGGAUACCAAUAGCCCGUCAAUGCGUGAAGUGAAGGAAAACUCUUUAGGAUGGUUUGCUUACGCUCUUUCCUACCUGAACACUUCCAGGUGCUCUGUGUUAUGCUGAACUUGGCACCCGGAUCACAAAGUCUGGAGCCCAUUACAUCUAUAUCUUGGAGACCCUGGGCCCUCUGCCAGGGUUCUUGUUCCUAUGGGCAGAAUACUUUGCUAUAAGGUAAGCUUUUCCAUCUGCAACCUGCUAUAAACUUAAAGGUGAGGUCGGAAUGCUUCGAACCAUGUGGCGCAGUUGUGUAUAUAAUCUAUGCCUUUAAAUGUCAGUGAGAGAAACUGCGCAUGUAAGAAGCAGAUAUUAAAGGCAGUCCAGGCAAAUGGCCAUCUAAUAUUUCUGGGUGAAUGGCAGCUGUUCAUAACUAACUGAAGUUUGUGUCCUGCCUUUCUCUGAGUUGUGUCAGCUUCGCCCAUCAGGAAUAGCAGCCCAGAUGAACUAGGCCAGGGGCAGAUAACUCUUUUCAGCCCUAGAGACAUAUUCCCUCCUGAGCAAUUUCCAGGGGACACUGAAAACAGGUUAAAUAAGCCGACUACCCAGUUUCCUUGACUUUGCAGGAAUGUGGCAUCUUUGCAUGGAAAAAAUAAGAGUUUUCUUGAGGUCUUGUCACAGAAUGCAUAAGCCAGUUUUCCCUUCCAGGCCAGCCAACAGUGCAGUUGUUGCACUGGCAUUUGGACGCUACAUCCUGGACCCCUUUUUCGCACCCUGUGGCGCUCCACUUCUGGCUGUGAAACUUGUUGCUCUUCUUGGCUACUGUAAGUACGAAGCAGGAACUGUGCCCCAUUUAUUUCCUUGGGAUGCUACUCAGUCAAAUCAAUGGGAGUCUUAUUAUUAAUUUCGUAUUCUGAAUUCAUCAGCUAAACUAGAUAGUCCCAGCGUGCAGGUCAAAUGCCUUUUUUACCCUCUCCAAUCCAGACAUUGUCCUAAUCCUGAACUCUUGGAGUGUCAGCUGGAGUGCCAGGCUUCUGACCUUCUUGUCCAUCGUCAAGCUGGUAGCUCUCACUCUCAUCAUCGUCCCAGGAAUGAUACUUUUAGCUCAAGGUAAUGCAUUAUUCUCAUUGUUAUUAGCUAUAAAACAUCACCACCAUCAAAAUGCAAGGACUUGCCUCUAGAAAAUAUUCUGCCCUGAGAGCUGCCUCCCCCCACACUUGAGUGACAACAGUGGUCAGAGUCUGAAGUUGGGUGGGUGGGUAUAAGAAACAGGGCCUUUCCAUUUGUGGCACCUGCUUUGCAGAAUGUCAUCCCUAAGGAAGUCUGCUAAGAGCUCAGGCAGAAUGUUUCCUGCCCCCUACUACAUCCUAACCGAUCUUUUAAAGUGGAAAUGGCAUGGGUUGAACUUGGAGACUUUUCUGCAUCCAAAGUAUAUGCUCUACUCCUGAACCAUAUCUCAAAGAUGUAUAUGGUAAAAUGAAGCUUGUUUACAUGCUCAUCUUAGAAACGUGUCUAUGUUUAUCAUACUUUGCUCUCUAACUGUAUGGUUUUCUUUAGGCCAUACAGAAAAUUUCCAGGAUGCUUUCAAUGCUCAGACCCUUGCUUUGGACAAGCUUCCUUUGGCUUUUUAUGCAGGGAUGUUUGCCUAUUCAGGAUGGUAUGCAUAAAUGACAUACAUUUUUAAGAUAUUCACUUAUAAACUGUCAGGGCCACUGAAAUCUGUUCCUUUCCCUCCCACGAUGCAGGUUUCAAACUAGUUUUGUGCGAGAAGAACUAGUGAAGCCAGAGCGGUGAGUCAAAAGACCAGUUAAAAAAGAUCUGUAUUUGACCCUGCUUAAUGUAUUUCUGAAGCUGUUUUGAACAGGGAUGGAUUAUUCCGUAGGCUAACAAGACACAGGCUUCAUAUAUAUAAUAAAAUAACAAUACAAUGAAAUUUUGCAUUUACAUGGGAACAGUUGUACUGACUAUUCUUUUCUCUCCCCCUCCCCAUUUUGUUUGUAGAAAUAUCCCUCUGGCAGUGAUUGUGUCUGUGAUCACUGUGAUUGUGGGUUAUAUGCUUACUAAUGUUUCCUAUUACACGGUACUGACAGCAGCAGAUGUUCUGGCCUCCCAGGCAGUAGCUGUGGUGAGUCGAAAGCCAAUGUUGUAGUUAAUAUCAGAUUAAUUCCCCUUCUUCCCCAAGAGGGUUCAGUUUUCAGUAGAUGGAGGGGAGAGGACUGGAAUGUAAGACAGUGGCAAUUAAAUUCAGCCUCUGCAGAGUGGGGAGUUGUCAUCAAGAAGUCUCAGAAGAGCAAACCAUUGUAUGUGCGCCACCCCAGUCUCUGAGCAGUGCUAGAUUCCGGGGGUUCCAGGGUUCAGUUUCCUUGGAAUGAGGGUCAGCAGAGACUGUGGUGUCUUUAUGAUAUAGAGUUUAUUUACACAUAUAGACAACCUGAGACUAUGAUGCAGCGGCUCGCAGCAUUAACAGCCCAACAUACAAACAGGCAUUAUUUUAGGGGGAAUUGCUUUGCAGAAAUGUAUAUAUUAGGCAAAACUGUGAGGAACACAUCUAUUAGGAGAAAUUUGCAUUAAAAUGCUGGUGAAUUUCCAGGAGGACUUCUAUAUAUAUCUAUAAAAGAAUUCUCAAAGGAAUGUGUAAAUGUGGAGAGCUGAAUAAGACUGAAAAUUUGAGAAACUGAAAUGGACCGAUUCACCCAUCCCUAGUUCAGUCCUUCAUAAGCUGGGAGAAGGGAACCUGAGGCCCUUCAGAUGUUGUUGGACUUCAGCUCCCAGCAGCCUUGCCUAUUGGUGGUGCUGAUGCAAGUCCCCUCACAUAUCUACUGUUCCCUGAGAGAUUUAAGAGUCAACCCCUCUUCCCAGGGAGCUCUGGGAAUUGUAGCUCUGUGAAUGGAAUUAGGGUCUCCCAUCAACUUUCAUUGCCCUUUACAAACUACAGUUCCCAGGACUCUUUGGGGGAAACCAUGCCUAUUUAAAGUGGCAUGGUGAUGCUUUAAAUGUAUGUCUGUUUUGGGACUACAGUUUCCAUCAUCCCUGACCGCUGGUGUGAUGGGAACUGGAGUCCAAAAGCUGCUGGAGACCCAAGUCUGGGAAAGCCGUCGUGCUGAUAGGGCCUUGUAAUAAUGUCUCUAAGCCUUUUGUAAAAUGAGUAAGACAACAGAAAAUCAGGGAUUUGGGAGGCAUGGAGAACAACAAGUAAAUAUGAAAUCAGAAUCUGUAGCAUAUCACGCCUGCUUUCACUGAAGGCCACUCAGUGGUUUUCCUUCACCAAUAAUUAUAAACCUCACAUUUCUGAACACAAACAUGCCUUUUCUUCCAGAGCUUUGCACACAAAGCUUGCCGGAGUGUUAUCUCAAUGGUGCCUAUCCUGGUUUCCUUAUCUUGCUUUGGGACCAUGAAUGGAGGAAUCUUUACAUUUUCAAGGUCAGUGACCUCUUUUUAAUCUUGUUGAGGGCUGAACUACAUGCUACAUAUCAGGGCUGGGGGACAUGUGACCCUCCAGUUGGUGCUGGACUAUAGCUCCCAUCCCCCCCAACCAUUUGCUGUUCUGGCUGGGGCUGAUGGAAGUUGUAGUCCAAUAACAUCUGGAGGGCCAAAGCAUGAAACUGAGGAAGAGAACCCCAGCGCCGGGCAUCUCUCCUAGAGGUUCCCCACCCCUGCAGACCGAUUCAUUGCGUUCUUUCACUGCUUAUUUAUUUUCUCCUUCUAGGACCUUGUUUGUGGCUUCACGAGAAGGGCAAUGGCCUCCCCUCUUCUCUAUGAUCCAUAUUCAAAGACAUACACCCCUACCAGCAGUCAUGUUGAUGGUAAGAAUAUGGGUUGACUCCAUCCUAAUCAUUCUUAGAGUAGACCCACUGAAAUGUUUAAGAUUUGUUGUUGUUGUUGUUGUUGUUUGUUGCCUCCCGCAGUUUGGUCAGGCUCAUGUUUGUAGCUUCGAGAAUACUGUCCAACCAUCUCGUCCUCUGUCGUCCCCUUCUCCUUGUGCCCUCCAUCUUUCCCAACAUCAGGGUCUUUUCCAGGGAGUCUUCUCUUCUCAUGAGGUGGCCAAAGUAUUGGAGCCUCAGCUUCAGGAUCUGUCCUUCCAGUGAGCACUCAGGGCUGAUUUCCUUAAGAAUGGAUAGGUUUGAUCUUCUUGCAGUCCAUGGGACUCUCAAGAGUCUCCUCCAUCCUAAUCAUUCUUAGAGUAGACCCACUGAAAUGUUUGAUACCCAUGAGUAAUUUAAGGACUUUCAGUCUCAAUGGGCCUACUCUAAAAGGCUGUGUACACAUUACUGGCUUAAAAUGCAGCUAGGUCAUUCUUUUUCUCAAUUCAGAUUGAGGCUGAACAGUAUUUCCUAAGAAACUACAGGAUAUGGAUUACGGCUAACGUUUUGUGCACACUGCUUCCCAAACCAGGAGUGGAAGCACACUGGGUGCACAGAAAAUGGGGGUGUGUACACAAACUUGCAGUCCAGCAACAUCUGGCCACAAGUUCCCUAUCCCUGUUCUAGGUUUUCAGCUAUGUCUGUGUGUUCAAUCUGAGAUGGUGGUUUACUAAAUCUAUUUCACCUACUUCUACACCCCUCAGUUCCCUUUGGUCACUGCCAUGAUCUGUGUGGGAGAUAUCUACCACCUGCUGAACUUCUUCAGCUUCUCCCGGUGGCUCUUCAUAGGAUUAGCCACCCUUGGGCUGAUAGUUCACCGCUGCCGUCAUCCUGAGAUAACAAGCCCAUUCAAGGUAAGGGUCUGCUCACCUGUUUUCUCCCAUGAUUCUCCCUCUGUCGCUCUUUAUUUUAGACGAGGUAUGUACUAAGACCCAUCUCUCUGUGCUAAUAAGUAAGAGUAAGUAGUUAAGAGCUGGAGCUGUGAGCCAAGUGAUCCCUGGUUCAGAUCCCACCUCAGAGUAUGCCCAACAAAUAUCACACCCAUCAACAACUGAUCAGAAACAGUUAAGUGGUUAAGGGUGUUGGACUAUGACCCUGAAGACCUAUGCUCAGCGCCCCCAUUCAGACAUUUUAAAAGGAAAUUCAUAUAGCGCUCCAUAUUUCAAAGAAACCUCUGAGCAGUUUAGAGCAUCAUAUGGCAUCUUUGAGCUGUUUACAGCAUCUUGUGAUCUCAAACCAGGCACACUCCCUCUCAGCCUGACUGGGGGUUGUUGUGAGGAUAAAAUGGGGGGGGGGCAGAAUAGGGAUGGAAGGAUCUGGCAAUUUUGCAUCUCUCAGUUUCUCAUUUAUCCAUUAUUAAAUUUUGUUUUCUGUGUUCUGCAGUAAUUUGCAUUUUUUUAAAAAAAUACCUCAUGAAAAUUCUAAGCAUUUUAGGGCAAUUUUCUCCUAAGAAGCCCAUUUUUAGAUGCACUUUUGCCUAAUGUACACAUUGUUGCAAGUUAUUUCCCAUAAUAUAAUGGAUUUUUAUAUGUCAUUUCCCCCAAUGUCUUCAUUUAAUGUGCACCCUCCCCCAAUAUGUCCAUUUUUGUACACAUUGUUCGGAGAAAGUGUGAAUUUGAGAGAUUCUGCUUUAAACGCAUACCGAACUGAAUUUCUCCUCUGCCCCUAGGGAGGAGAGCUAUGUACCCUGCCCUGUGUUCCUUGAAGGAAGGGGGGUGGGAUACAAAUAAACAACAAACAUGAAUUGCUUGUUUGCUUAGAGAAGAAAUAUUCGCCCUACUUCCAAGGUGUCCCAGCGUGGAUUUUCAUUAUCAUUCUUUGGGUGACCAGAGGAGAAAAGAGGACUCCUGUACUUUUAAUAGCUGUAUAGAAAAAGAAAUGUCAGCAGGUGUCGCUUGCAAGAGAAUCCACACCAGCUGAAGUUCCACCUUCUGCGUCACUAUUAAAGGUGCAAGAGCCCAGGAUUCCUUUUUUCACCCGGCUACCUUAUUUUCCACAUUCAGGAAUAACAUGCUCUUGGUAUGUCUUCAUAGCCACUACCAAAAGCACUUCGGAAAUGCGGGGUAAUGCUUUGCUGUUUUUUUAGCCGCUCACAAAACUUGGAAGGAAAAAAACACCAAGAAGAAACCAUACAAAUUAAAUUUGAGAAGACCAGUGCUUAUAGUAUGUACAUCUACUGCCGCCUUGUGGACAUAAGCCAGAACCCUUAUUUCCACACCUUUUAAAGCAAAAGAAUGCUUGCAUGUCUCAUUCGUACGGAGCUUCUCUUCUCAAGACUUGGGUGCACAGAUUAAGUACAUGCAGCUCCUGUGCCCAUCUGGAAGUAAUAAUAAUCCUUAUGUGGAUUAUUAUUAGGAUGCAUGGCACAGGAGAGGAAUUGUAAGCUUAAACUCCCAAUUACAGUGGUACCUCGGGUUAAGUACUUAAUUCGUUCUGGAGGUCCGUACUUAACCUGAAACUGUUCUUAACCUGAAGCACCACUUUAGCUAAUGGGGCCUCCCGCUGCCACCGCGUCGCCGGAGCAUGAUUUCUGUUCUCAUCCUGAAGCAAAGUUCUUAACCUGAAGUACUAUUUCUGAAGCUUAUGUAACCUGAAGCGUAUGUAACCUGAGGUACCACUGUACCUUGUUUUCCCCUCAAGGAUAUCCCUGUAGAACUUGGGACUUGGACCCCACAGUGUGUAGGCAAAGCUCUCAUUGGGUGUGUUAGAUUUCCCCCCAUCCACCCAAAGAAACAUUUUAAUUAGAGUUCUAACAAUUACAUUCAGUCCUUUGUCAUGGGUCAAAGGCCUUUUAUUUGCAUUGCAAAUACCUCCAGGUCUUUCUCUAGGAGCUUUCAUUUUCCUCCAGUCCUCCUUUUGCUUCUCAAAUGUUUUGAAGUGAGAUCCACCACCUGCAAACUUCCUCAGCCUUUCAGGGCCCACUUGUAAAAGUAACUCCACUUUUGGAACUCUUUUCUCCUAUCCAGGUUCCUCUCUUCGUUCCUGUUUCCUUUACAAUCAUUUGCCUUUUCACUGUGGCGAUGUCUUUCUACUCGGACCCAAUAAAUAUCAGCAUUGGCUGUGCCAUGGUUUUAAGUGGGUUUCCCGUUUACUAUUUGUUCAUCAACAGGUCAAUGCCAAAGUGUUGCAGCACCACAUUCUGUGAGUAGAAACUGCUGGGUAAUUUUGAAUGCUCAUUUUCAGUAUGGUAUUCUUUAAAGAUUGCUGCAUAGCCAGAGCUUGAUCUGGCUGUCGAGAGCUGUAUUCCCUCAGGAAUCGGGGGGAGAUUGAUUAUUGAUUGAUUUCAAUGCUUCGUGAUUGUGUGUGUUGGGGAGGAACCCGCAAAGCAGCAUACAGAAAAGAAUAAAACAAUCAAACUAUGAGUAAAAACAGUUACAGAUAGAUAUUUAUAACAUUCAAAAAUAAUUAAAAACAACAAUAAGCUAAAAGCAGAUUAAAACAUCCAUCAACAUUCUAUAUCUGGGUCUUGUCUAAACAAAAAAUGUCAUUCGGCAGGGGGUUCCAAUGUGUGGGUACUGACACACUGAAAGAUGUGGUGUGUGGUGUAGUGGUUAGGAGCGGUAGACUCAUAAUCUGGUGAACAGGGUUCGCGUCUCCGCUCCUCCACAUGCAGCUGCUGGGUGACCUUGGGCUAGUCAUACUUCUCUGAAGUCUCUCAGCCCCACUCACCUCACAGAGUGCUUGUUGUGGGGGAGGAAGGGAAAGGAGAAUGUUAGCCCCUUUGAGACUCCUUCAGGUAGUGAUAAAGCGGGAUAUCAAAUCCAAACUCUUCUUCUUCUUCUUACAAAUGCGAAAUGAGUAUUAUGGAGUACACCUAACAGCUCCAGUUGUGUUUCCAAUUGCUUAUUAUGGAAUUGAAAAACCCAAUACUUUAAAAAAUGCCAGUGGGGAAGGCAUGGUUGCCGUGGUGUGUUUAAUUUGCAGCUUCAUUAAUUAUAUUUUUGAGCGUUUUCAAAAUGUUCUGCUUUGGGGGGGGUUGUUUUUUUGUUUGGUUUUUACAAUGAAAUCAAUAUUUUGAGUUCCUUUGAUCAAAGGGGAAUUGCAAGAAGCCCAAAGGGAAAUGUUGCUUGGGAGGGGGAUGAGGAAAAACCAAAGAGGAGCACCCUGUACAAGCAAUUGACAUUCAAGCUACAAGCCCUGUGGCUACUUCUAAAGAGGGAGAAAUGGAAUUGCAAACUUACCGUCCAAUAUUAUGGGGGCAUUUCCAAGUAGCCCUGUUUUGAGCAAUCAAAUAAUUAUAUUAAUAAUGAUGCUAAGCAUCCAUAAAGUACUUCUGAGAGUAACAUGCCUACAUGUAUUAUGUCCUUGUAAUCCUUACAUUAACUUCUUAAGAUAAGUCAGUAUUAAUAUCCACAUGUUGCAGAUAGGGGGCUGAGGAAGGGGUUCAAAUCUGUCCAUAUUUAAUUUGUGCCAUUUUUGCUUCUUCUUUUUUUGUAACCCUAAUUCCAUCCCAUUCUGUUUCCACAUUAAUUUUUCCAAUUUUGGAAGAAACAUAAUUCGUACUUUAGGAACACCAGAACAUGAAAUACUCUUGCCCUUAUACAUCUAACCCCUUACUAUUACAGAUUCUCUUACACUGAAGCUUCAGGUCCUCUUGAAGGUGGUGCAACAAGAAAUCAGGACUUACUGA